AGAUCACUCUGAGGUCUGAGGAGUGACUCGCUCAAUCUCUCCGGCAAGACUGUAAUCAUGACACCCAUGGUGCAUCUGUUGUUGCUCCCACUCCUGUUCAGCAUCGCUGGUGGGAAGGAUCUGGAGGAAAAGAAGGGCCCGUUUGAGAACACAGAGCUAGGUGUGCCAGAGGGGACACCAGUGCCAUAUCCCAUGUAUCAGUUUCAGGUGACCCAUCCAGGAGUUAAUAGUUUCAGGUUGAGUGGAGAAGGUAAGGAAGACAUUAUGAUUUCAAAGGACGGGUGGCUGUACCUGGAGAAGCCUCUGGACUGGUCUCGAGAUGACCAUUACAUUAUCAUGGUGGAAGCGCUGGCAGAUGAGGAAGUUGUGGAAGGCCCAGUUUAUGUGACCAUAAAUGUGUUGGACAUCAACAACAAUGCUCCAGUCUUCAACCAGAGCGAAUACACAGCUGUUGUCAGAGAAAACAAUCCAGCGGGUAUCCCAUUUACUCGGGUGUUUGCGUUGGAUCAGGAUGACCCAGAGACUCCCAACGCUCAUCUGAGCUACAGCCUGGUCAGCCAGAUCCCCAACAAACACCACACCCCGCUGUUCCAGAUCGACCCUGACACUGGAGAGAUCUCCACCACAGAAGCAGGGACACAGAUACUUAAAGCCAGAGAAGGCAUCCAGUAUGGCAAAGGAGAAGAUCAGAGCAUUGACGCUCUGAGGACAAAGUUUAACGACUACUGUCCAGUGCAGAAUAUCCCCUUUGAAGAUAACCCCUUCUUCACCUGUGUGGAGAGAGCAGAAAUGAGGAGGAGAAAUGUGGACCCCCUGGCGGACCCAGACUACACCCUGACUGUGCGCGUCCAGGACCUGGGAGGAGCAUUGCAGACCGCGCUGAGUGGGAACACCAGAGUGCACAUUGUCGUGCAGCAAAACCUAUGGGUCAAUCCUGGACCUAUAACAGUUAAAGAGCACUUAAAGGAAACGUACCCUCUGGUCAUCGCAAAGGUCCAGUCUAAUGAGCCCAACGCCGUGUACACGUUAGCGCAGAAAGAACGCGAGCUGAAAUUCCCCUUCCAGAUCACAGAAGAUGGAGAAAUACAUCUGACAGAGGAGCUGGACAGAGAAGACAAAGACAUGUACAUCCUGGUGGUGUUUGCAGUAGAUAAUGAUGACAAUCAGGUGGAUCCACCCAUGGAGAUUCAAGUCUUGGUGGAGGAUGUGAAUGACAACGCACCAGUGUGUGCAAAUGAGGAGAGUGUAUUUGAGGUGCAGGAGGGCGAGCCUGUAGGCAGCCUGAUUGGACAGCUGUUGGCCCAUGAUGACGAUCAAGACGGGACACUGAACGCUCAGCUGACUUACACCAUCGUGUCCCAAAAUCCACCCACCUCACCCAACGUCUUCUCCAUCGACGAUGCUUCCGGAACAAUCCAGGCAUUAAGCUCGCUGCAGCGAAGAGACCAGCAGGUGUAUAACCUCAACGUUAGAGUCACCGACCAAGUUUUCAGCACAGAAUGUAAGGUCGUCGUCAAGGUCAUCGACGUCAACAACGAGAUGCCUCUGUUCGAGAAGAUGGAUUACGGCAGUCACACACUAUCAGAGGACACUCCUGUGGGACACACAGUGCUGAGCAUCAGCGCAACGGACAGCGAUGACCCAGACAGCGGCAGCUCCCUUAUCGAGUUCCAUAUCACUGCUGGAGACGACAAUGAAGUUUUUGCUGUGGAAACCGACGGUAAAGGCGUCGGCCAUCUGGUUGUAGUUAAGCCUCUGGACUUUGAGUCCUCUGCCACCUACAAGCUCCAGAUUGACGCUCGUAACCCAGAGCCGCUGAUGACUGGUCUGGAGUACGGCAGCGAAUCCACAGCCUUCGUCUCUGUGUCUCUCACUGACGUAGACGAGGAUCCAGAGUUCACUCUGGACAUCCUGGAUGUGACUGUGCCUGAAAACACCACCAAGGGAUCAGUGCUGCUCACUGUGGAGGCAAAGGAUCCGGAGGGCAAAGAGAUCAGUUUUAAGAUGGACGGUGACACUCGCGGCUGGCUGGAGAUCAAUGCUGCCACAGGAGAGAUCAAGACCAAAGCCAAGCUGGACAGAGAAACCCUGGAGACUUUUGAAGUCACUGUCACUGCGUUUGAGAAGGAGAAUCCCGCGAAGUCGUCUGAGCGCGUCGUGUCUGUGAGGUUGCUGGAUGUGAACGACAACGUUCCCAAACUGAUGGAGACCCAGGCCUUCAUCUGUGUGAAGAAACCCGAACCUGUCAUCAUCAAGGCCCAAGACACAGACAGCGCCCCCUUCGGUCAGCCCUUCACCUUCGCGUUCGCCCAUGGCAAGAAAUCUCCCAACUGGGAACUGAAAAGCAUUGACGGUACAACAGCUAAACUGACCCUGAAGAAAUCACCAACUGAAGAUAAAACCUUCUCAAUCCCAAUUAAUAUUAAAGACAAUGCAGGCAUGGGAGUCACACAGUUGUUUGAGGUGAGAGUAUGUAACUGCACAGAGCUGGGUUACUGCUACAUGGCACCAGAAGAACGUAGCCUCAGUUACGGGAUGGGAGCCACCAUUGGGAUCCUGGGUGGCACUCUGGGAUUCUGCCUUAUUGUUUUCAUCAUCGUGAUCAAACGUGUAAAUAAAGGAGGCAAUAAGACGACCCUGACUGAAGAAGAAGAGAGGAACGCCAUCAUGUAGACACACACACACACAUAUUUGUACUUUUAUACUCGUGAGGACUUUAUCUGUCACAUCUACAUGCCUAAUCUGAACCUAAUUCUAAACUCAACCCUCAAACCACACUCUAGGCUAACUCUGGCUCAUUUACAGUCUUUUGUUUCUGCAUUUGCCUUGCCAAAUAAAAAAUAAAACAAAACUAAUUAUUAAAUAAAGAUUUACUGGCAAAAACAGCAGAAGUGAGGACUUGAUUUUCACAGUGUCCUCACUCUCAAGAUCUAAAAGUUGAAUUAGUUCUCACAUAGAUGUGUGUGCACAUACACACUCAAAAAUAUUUACAUAACAUUAUUUUAUUGACAAGAGAGAGUUGCUUAGUCAGUGCUGUGCAUACUUAAUUACGGUGUCACCAUGCUAAUCAUGCAUAUAUAAUGCUUGUUAACGUAUUUUAUUUGAAGGUCCCUCCCAGACUCAGGUUGUUUCAUUAGCAGUUUAAUCAUCUCACAUAAUUCAAUUAGUUUUUGGCCCAGAGCCUUUGUGGGGUAAUUCUUUUCUGCAUGAAUGUUGUGUUACAUCAGAAAAUAUCUUUAACGUUAAGAAACAUCUUAAACCCAGAACGUCACUGUGUAACUAAUUAACAAUAACUACUGUGUUUUGUAAGGAGCAGGGACUGAUGUUUCCCAAUAAAAAAAGAAACUGGG